AUGUAUCAAAACCUUUUAACAUUUCAGAAUCUCUUUGUACCACCUGAUCCAAUUUCUCCCCGCGAAUUGAGCCAGGGCUUGUUGGAUCUUAAUCGCAUUAUUCAACAUCGCCUUAGUCCUUUGCAACAUUUUUUAUUUUUGGCCCUUGUUUUGUUCGCAGAAAAUGGUCGUGUAGUUCUUUCUGUUCCGUAUGAAUUCGAGGUUUCUCUCACUCUUAUGUCGGAGGCGCUUGACUUCCCCUGGCGCAUUUUAGACAUUCAGUUCAGGGUUACUGAUCCAGAAAGUGGACGUAAGUUGUUUGUUAUUUAA